CGCGCCGAAGCUCAGUUGGCUUCCGAUCGAGAAAACUGUUUCAGAUAGAGUUAAAACAAUUACGCCACCAUGCUACAGCUGUGCACCAUCUACGCCUGCGCCAACGGGACCCUCGGCCUGAAUCUGAGUCGUGCCCCCUGGGAUCCAUAUCCAUGGGUCAGCGGGGUGCAAGCGAAAUCGAAUGCGGAGCUUGGCGGAGUCCGGCUGGGCGAUACACUGCUAGAGCUCAAUGGAGCCGAUGUCCUGGGUCUAAGGAUCAGUGAGCUGGCAGGAUGGCUGCAGGAGCACUGGCAGAGCGGAGCCGAGCAUGUGACCCUGAUGAUGUGGCGCCAACAGGCGAGCAUUUCUCCAAAUGAGGAUCCCGCGGAGGCAGCCCAUGCUGUGCAGCAUGGAAUUAAUCAACAAUCGCUGCAAAAGUUUGCAACAUGCCUGCAACAUAUUUCCCAAUUACUGGAGUGUCCUGUGUGCCUCGAGGUCAUCAAGCCACCUGGCUGGCAGUGCUGCAACGGACACGUUCUCUGCAAUAAUUGCCGCAGUCGCUCCGUGAAGUGUCCUGUGUGCCGGGUUCCCCUAGGACCGCGAGGACGCUGUCUGCUGUCGGACAAAUUAUUCACCCUGCUGGCGGAGAGUUUUCCCUGCGACGGCGGUAAAACCAGCCAAGUAACUGCGGCCCAGGGCUAUGAAAAACUGAGCAGCGUCAACAAGUGCACAAAUGAAUAUCAUAAUCAACCGAAAAUGGCGUUGGCCAAGUCGAAUUCCGGCAAGAAGCUGGGCAAGUCGGUCCUGCAGGCUCCGGAGGAGUCAAUGCCAAAGGGACCUGCAUCGGGACCUCCGAGUAAUGUCGCCCACGAAUCCGGUGGCAGCCGGCAGGGCAAGGAGCACUGUUCGCUGAUAAAAGUGCAGCAGAACCAGCCCGAGACUUUCGCGGAAGGUCACAACAAUAUGCUCGUUAAACCAAAGUUAAAGUUUGGCAAGAAAAGUUGGCGGAUUGGGGGGCCAGAUGAAGACGGAUUGCGGUGCGAUGGAGACGCCACCACGAAUAAUGGACAGCGCAUUGCCGGCGAGCAGGUGAAGAGCGAGUUUCAGAAUUAUCAUUGCCCCACUGGGAAAUCAUGCAGCCACAAGCAGCAGCAGCCGUUGGCCAACAAAUUGUCAACAGUCGCGUUGCAGUUGGGACACACUGUUGCAGGAUCAAGACCAGGACCAGAAGUGGUAGCGGAUACCGGCGCCUUAUCAGCGGGGAGCCAUAAACAGGCGGCGGCGGCGACAUCCGGCGUAAAUCAGGCGCUAGAUGCAGUGCACCGGGAGUGGCAGCUGCUGCGCCAUCUCAGCGGAGAGCAUCGCCUGGCCGUGGUCCAGUUCUGCGGCACGUUCGGCCAGCGGCUGUACGUGCAUCCCCCGCCGCCCCAAGAGGGCUUGGUCUGUCUGAAGAUGAGCGAGGACCUGGACUCGAACCUGGUGCACCCAUUUUUCUUGGCUGUCAUACCGAUCUCCAGCGACACGGAGUACGCCGUCUUCCUGUGGCACCUGGACCAAGCACCACUGGGAGGACGGUCAAACUUUGAGGCUGUUAUCGAGGCUCAGGGCGAGGGCAUCAAGUGGUUCGGCCCAGUUCAGUCACUCCAGCGCAGUUGGCCCGAGAUUAGGGCAUCCGGCGAGUUCCUCUGCUGCCGCAACUUGGGUGCCACCUUUGAGGUGACCAUUAAGAGCAGAUGAAACUGUGCCCAUCCCGCCGCAAGACU